CCUCCAACUUCAGACAGCACUGAUAAUGAGAGUGAAAGCUCUAGGUAACUGUGCAAUAACUUUAUAGCCCAGAAGCCAACUUGCGCUCAUCUUCUUUACUAUAUAGAAAGAGAAAUACUAAGGACAACUACAUGGCAUCUAUCCAGAGCUUUCUCUAAAAAAGCCAGAUAUACAUUCAAGACCCCUGAGCUUAGCUGUUCAUCCAUUUCCACUCCCCUAUCGCCCAUACUCCCACAACAGCUUUGUCAGUAUCCUUUUAUUCACUCUUAAAGGUCAAUUUCAGAAGACCACAAAAUCUAUCUUUACAUUAAACUCCAACCAAGAAUAUUAGAGGGGGUAUACUAGGAUGGUAAUGAAGAUCCGGUGUGAUGUGUGUGACAAUGUAGAGGCGACAGUUUUCUGUUGUGCGGAUGAAGCUGCUCUCUGCGAUGGAUGUGAUCACAGAGUUCACCAUGCAAACAAGUUAGCAAGCAAACACUCGAGGUUCUCUUUAGUCCAUCCUUCUUUCAAAGAAUCCCCUCUCUGUGAUAUCUGUCAGGAGAGGAGAGCCCUUCUGUUUUGUCAAGAGGAUAGGGCAAUUCUAUGCAGAGAAUGUGACCUUCCAAUUCACAAAGCUAAUGAACAUACUCAGAAACACAACAGGUUUCUUCUCACAGGUGUAAAGCUCUCUGCUUCUUCUUCUCUGCACACAGCAUCAUCGACCUCCACUAAUAACUUUGACUCAAACAUUAACACUACUAGCAAUAGAAACCAUCAGCCAUACCUAAAGAAUUCCAACGAAAUCCUCAGCUCUCCUUCAGUUGAGACAGCAUCAGCAACAACGGCAUAUACUUUCGAAGAAAAUCAUGUUAGUGACAAUGGUUCAAUUUCAACAAGUAGCAUAUCUGAGUAUUUAGAGACAGUACCAGGCUGGCGCAUCGAUGAUUUUCUUGAUCCUUCAUUUGCUAGCAAUAAUGGUUGCAAUUAGACUUGUGACCUUUUUUAAUUUUGCCAUUGCUGGAUCAAGAUCUUGAAAGCAACAGGAGUUCUUUUUCUACAGAAGAUUUAGGCUUCUCGGUCCCUCAAGUUACACUCCACUUGCCUCAACUUCAUCGUUAUAUUCCCCAGCCUGGUUUACCCAGUGGAUUUAGUCAGUCAAAAGAAGCAAGCAAAAUGAAAGUUAGUUGGGAAUGGAGCGAGGAUGGUCUUACAGUUCCUCAGAUCAGCCCCCGAUCUGUCAAGAAAUCCAGGCAUUUUCAUUCACGUUUGUUUGAUCAGUUUUUCAACUGUAAAACAUCAUCUCUCUUUCGUUGUCCUAUGCAGUGUUUUUUCAAUGGUUGCCCACUUCUUUUCAGUGUUUGAUUUUUAGUUUUUCUAUGAUUUUGUGAUAUAAUAAUAAAAUCUUCAGACAUAAAUUCAGUGAAGUUCCUUAA